AUGGACUCAAAACAGGAAUUGAAAAUGAAGUCUUUCGAUGUCAAAAUGGAAAAGGCGAACGCGAUUUUCAAGUACCGAAGGCUUCACAAAAUCACGACUCUCUUCAGAUUCAUGGAGGUGUUUGCUUUUCUAGUUAUGAUUUCUAGGUUUUCGUAUCAACUACCGUUCGCCGUUAAAGUUUCCGGUGAUUAUUUCAGAGGAUUCACUUUCACGGUUUUAAGCCCUAAGUUCGUGUUCGUGAUCGGAAACGUGAUCAUUUUGAUUCUGUUCUUAAAAUCUCGAGUUACUGAAAACAGCGAUGGCAACGGAAAAGCCGAUUUGUGCUACGACUACGUUAGAAGCUGCGAGAGGAGCUUAAUAAAUGCUCCCGUCGUUACUUCUACUUCUAUCGUCACUGUUCCUAGUAACAAAAGGAUGAUUUGCAGAAGCCGAUCGGAGAAUCCUAUACGAGCAAAAUGCAAAGAGAACAAAACUCACCGGGAAUUGAGGCGGUCGGUGACAGAGAUAAGUAGAUCGAAGAGCUUCGGUCAUGGUUGCGAUGAUACGGCGGCGACGGAGAAGAGGUGUGAGAAGGAAGAAUUGAGCAGCGAAGAUUUCCGGCGAACGGUGGAGGCGUUUAUCGCGAGGCAACAGAAAAUAUUGAGAGACGAAGAGUUUUCUCCUAUGGUGUACAUCGGUUCAUAG